AAGCACAUGGGAGAAACGAGAGAAGUGGAAAAUUAUGCAAACCAUGUCUGUAACUUAACAGAAGGAAGAGAAACAGAUUCUUAUGGUUAUGAAGAGGAAAAUGAACAUCUUAGACAUGAGUUUAAAGAACUCCAACUCAAACAGGAAGCUCAAAGAAAGGAAGUUGAAGAAAUGUUGUAUCAAGAAGGCUUGUCCAAAAUAGCCCUAAGUAGCCCCAGUGAACAGAUUGCAUGCUUACUGGUGGAGAGAAGUACACCCUUGAGGAAACUGGAACUUAUGGACUACAAGCCAGAGUCAAAAAGAUGUAUGAGCGGUAACCUACAGAAAGAAUUUUCCCAGUCUUAUAUUGAAGACCUGAAACAAGAUAAAACAUCACAGAACUGCCUGGAGGUAGAUGUACAAGUAGCAAAGAAGUUAGAGAUGGCCCGUGAAGAGAUCCAAAGGCUCACUGAGGAACUGCAAGUGAAGGAGAAAGAACAGAGUAAAUCAGAUUCUGCACUUAAGGAUGCUCAACUAGAAAUUGAGAAAUUGAAAGAAAGUUUAAUAAAGCUUAAAGAAAAUGAUGCAGUUGACCUACAGAAAGCAAAGGAACAUAACCAGAGACUGGAUGAGGAAAUUCUGGCUUUAAGAAAUCGGGUUCGAUCACUUGACUCAGAAAAAAAGGUACUUGGAGAGAUGUGUCCAUCAUCUAGAGAAAAACUAAAAGACCAGCAGCAAGAGGAAAUUAAACAACUUCGUCAGAAUUUGAACCGGCUCCAGGUUCUAUGCAACUCUGCUGAAAAAGAGCUUCGAUAUGAGCGAGGAAAAAACUUGGACUUAAAGCAACAUAAUAGCUUACUUCAGGAAGAAAACAUUAAGGUAAAAAUUGAACUAAAGCAGGCCCAGCAAAAGUUAUUAGACAGUGCAAAGAUGUGCUCUUCACUCACGGCAGAGUGGAAGCACAGUCAGCAGAAAAUCAAGGAACUGGAACUGGAAGUGCUUAAACAGACUCAGAGCAUUAAAUCACAGAACAACCUGCAGGAACAGCUGGCUCAGGAGAAAUCUAAAGUUGCUGAUGCAGAGAAAAAGAUUUUGGAUCUGCAGCAGAAAUUAGAAAAUGUUCAUAAAGUCUGUCUCACAGACAGUUGUAUUUUGGGGAAGAAUCAGCUAGAGGAAAAGAUAAAAGAAGCAAUAGAAAAUGAAGCUAAAAUAAAGAAACAGUAUCAGGAAGAACAACAGAAGAGGGAACUCCUGGAUCAAAAUGUAAAUGAGUUGCACAGACAAGUGAGAACGUUACAAGAUAAAGAAAAUCUUCUGGAAAUGACCUGUUCUCAGCAAAAAUCCAGGAUUCAGCAACAAGAGGCCCUGCUUACACAACUGGAAAAUGAAAAAAGAAAAUGUGAGGAGCAUAUCAAGAGCAACCAGGAAUUGUCUGAGAAGUUAACUAGGGUACAGCAAGAAAAGGAUGCUCUGCGUGAAGAAUAUGGGCAAUUUUUGAAGCAGCUUGAUGUCCAUGUGAGAAACUACAAUGACAAACAUCACCAGCACAAAACCAAGCUUAGAAAAGUCAAGGAUCAUUUAACUCAUGAAGUAGAACUACGAGAUGAGAAAAUUGAACAACUUGAAAGUGAAAUUGGAACAUUGCAACAACAAAUGGAAAAGGAGAAGGUACUCCAGGACCAGAUCACUACCCAAAAUGAUAUCCUGCUGCUAGAGAAAAGGAAACUUCUGGAGCAACUCACAGAGCAAGAAGAAUUAAUCCAUAGCAACAAAUGGAUGAUAUCUUCAAUCCAGAGCAGAGUACUUUUCCUGGAUAAAGAAAACAAGCAAUUACAGGAAAAUAGUCUCCGUUUCAUGCAGCACAUUGGCCUGUUAGAGCGAAUUAUAAGGAACAUCCAGAUUCGCAGAGGAGAGGAAACAAAAAUUAGUGACAUGCCUGAAUUUGAAGCACUUAAUAAAAUACUGCUUUUGCCAAAUCCCAGUUUUUCAGGAACAGGCUUGGUAGAGUCAAUUGGAAGUCUUCAAGAGAUUAAAGAACCUAAGUCCGAAGAAGCAAUGCUAAUCCCAAAGUCCCCUGAGUCUCUUUCCUGUUUACAAAAUUCCGAGGCUGGAUACAUAAAUGUGGCUUCUCUGAAAGAGGUACACAACAUACAAGAACAAAACCAAAAAUCAGAACUAUAAAAUCACUGGUGUCUAAAACUAUACUGAUCAAAACUGCUAACUUAAAACUUGGACACAG